GCAGAGCAAUAGAUAAGAAAUUUGCUCGCCAAUUUUAGUUUAUUUCCUUCUCAACUUCCUAACUCAACUGAUUUAAGAUCCCAAAAAAAAACAAAAACUUAACUUAUUUAAUGGGUCACCUGGACAAGUGCCGCGUGUGCUCCUGCGGAGUGGCCAGCGACGACGAGGCCUACAAUCUGCUGCACCAACCGCACCUGGCCGUCAAGUUCUCCGAAUGCACCAAUUUGGUGGUGGAUCCCGACGACCAGGACAUCCUCCCCAGUGAAAUAUGCUCCGAGUGCUACGAGCUCCUGGAAAAGUUCCACUCCUUCCGGGCAUUGUGCAUUAUAGCCGACAGAAAAUGGCGACAGCUAAGUCUGUUUAGCCAGAAGAAAAUCGACCGGCGAAACCCCGUUCUUGAGGUGGAAGAUGACGACGAGGAGGAGGAGGAAGAGGAGGAGCUGGAGCACAUGGUGGAAGAACUGGUGGAGCAACUGGAGCACAUGCACGACAGCGAGGAGGCGCUGGAGGAAGUUCAGGUGAUCCAACCCCUCUUCGAAGCCCCAGAGUUAAUUAUUUGCGAUAGAAACUUGAGUCCCGAAAAUUCAUCCCCAACAUUGAUGCAGAAAACCACCACCAAAAAAGUAGAACCCCAAGUGACAGCUAAGGAAGAAUACUCACAACUCAGAUUCAAGUGCGAUAUCUGCAGCGAUGAAUUUAAGGAUGACAGACGCCUGUUCCUGCACAAGAAGGAGCACGAGGGACACAUGCUGUACCACUGCACGGAGCCGGGAUGCGGCGAGGCGUUCAACCGCUACGAGAGCCUGAGGCAACACGAGCUGUGGCACUCGGAGGAGAGCACUCGGUUCGUCUGCAUGGAGGAGGGCUGCAACAGGAUGUACCGGCACAAGACUUCGCUCCAACACCACCUGAGCAAGGCCCAUGCUAUAGGCAAACCUAUAAAGACGCACAUAUGCGAAUUCUGCGGCCGGGUGUUUAAGAACGCAUCCGCCCUUAAUCAGCAUCGGUUCACACAUGACGAUCAGAUGGUGCUGCCCUAUGCCUGCGAAAUGCCGGACUGCACUUUGCGAUUCUAUACCAAGGAGAAGCUCAAGAUACACAUGAUGCGCCAUCAGGGUAUUAAGAACUAUAGCUGCCCCUAUUGUGGCCUCAAGAAGACAACAAAGAAUGAGCUGCGACUGCACAUCAACUUCCAUACUCUGGAAAGGACCUGGUCCUGUAAGGAAUGCCCCAAAGUCUGCAAUAGUUCGACGAGUCUAAAUAAGCAUGUACGUGCCAUUCACGAAAAGGCCCGGGAUUACGCUUGUAAUUAUUGUGAGAAGAGAUUCGCCACCUCGGGUACCCGAAAGUACCACGAGAUGACCCACACGGGCGAGAAGAACUUCGAGUGUCAUGAGUGCGGCAAGAGGUUUAUACAACCAUCUGCCCUGCGAACCCAUCGCAAAAUCCACGAAUCGAAUCAGAAUCAGACGACGGCUUAUACCAUCAUGCAAAUAACAAGCAUGGGUUAAAAUGCCCUUUCAAUUACCUUCAUGACAAUAAAUCAACGGAAUUAAAUACACUCAUAUCUUAAUAAACUGCAAUAAUCAUAUCUAAUGAUAUCUAUCUUGAGUAAUGCAAGUGACUAGUAUGGAUUAAAAUGCUUUUAAUAACCCCGAUGACAAUAAAUCAACGGAAUUAAAUACACUCAUAUCUUAAUGAAUUACAUUUUUAAAUGUAAUAAUAUCUAAUAAUAUCUAUCUUAUGAAAAGCAAGUAACUAGCAUGGAUUAAAAUGAUAUUUGGAUUACCUUUAUGACAAUAAUGACAAUAAUCAACGAAAUUAUAUUGACUAAAUUAUUGUGAAAAGAGAUUUGCCACCUCAGAAGUACCACAAGAUGACCCACACGGGUCAAAAGUACGGCAAGAGGUUUAUACAACCAGCUGACCUGCGAACCCAUCGCAAAAUCAACGAAUUGGAUGGUGCUCAGAGGACAGCAUAUACCAUUAUGCAAGUGACUAGCAUGGAUUAAAAUGCUUUUAAUAACAUUCAUGACAAUAAAUCAACGGAAUCAAAUACACUCAUAUCUUAAUAUAAUCAUAUCUAAUGAUAUCUAUCUUAUGCAAUGCAAAUGACUAGUAUGGAUUCAAUAACUUUUAUGACAAUAAUCAAAGGAAUUAAAUUGACUAAAUUACCACAAGAUGACCCACACGGGUAAAAAGUUCGGCAAGAUGUUUAUACGGAUUAUACAACCAUCUGUCCUGCGAACUCAUCGCAAAAUUUACGAAUUGGAUGGUGCUCAAAAAACAGAAUAUACCAUUAUGCAAGUGACUAGCAUGGAUUAAAACGCUAUUUCGAUUACCUUCAUGACAAUAAAUCAACGGAAUCAAAUACACUCAUAUCUUAAUAUAAUCAUAUCUAAUGAUAUCUAUCUUAUGAAAUGCAUGUGACUAGUAUGGAUUCAAUUACCUUUAUGACCAUUAUGACAAUAAUCAAAGGAAUUAAAUUGACUAAAUUACCACAAGAUGACCAAUACGGCACAAAAGUGAGGCAAGAGGUUUAUACGGUUUAUACAACCAUCUGUCCUGCGAACUCACCGCAAAAUUAACGAAUUGAUGGAAAUGCUAUUUCGAUUACCUUCAUGACAAUUUAUCAACGAAUCAUGACAAUUAAAUACACUCAUAUCUUAAUGAAUAUCGAAUUAUAAAAGUAAUUAACAGUAUUAAAUUGACUCAUAUCCUAAUGAACUGCAUUUAUAUAUGUAGUAAUAUCUAAUAAUAUAUAUCUUAGGCCUAUAGGUCUAUAUCCCUAUCUUCGAUAAUUUAUU